CUUAAAACCCUAUAAACCUCUCUCUGUGGACGAAGGUCGAUCUCACUUUUUUCUUCUUCUUCCGGGCAUCAUCUUCUCUAUCUCUUGGAAUGGCUUUCAGAAUCAUGAACAGAUCCUCCGUCUCGUCUCUCAGAUCCGCCAUCAGAUCUUCGCUUCGAAAUUCUCCUGUUGGCACCGGAUCUUCACCGGCUGCUUCAUCCGCCGGAUUUCGCAUUCCGUCUAAACCAGCUGUUUCUCCUCUUCCCAGAUUCUCUUUCUCCAGGUGUCCAUCUGAGCUUGGUUGUGUUCAGUCGCUGUUACCGCUUCACAGCACGGUGGCGGCUGCUCGGUUGACGUCUUGCCUUAGCACUACUUCCAGAAGCAGCCGAGCUCUCUCUCAGGAGAUGGGCCUUUCAGUCCCAAGGUGACCUGAUACAUUUAUGAAGAUUUUUACUACUGUGAGGAAAGUUCUUCUCGUAAACUUAGAGACAAGUUCUUUGUUUGUGACUCCAGACUCAUGUCAUUUUCUUUUUGAUUCAUGAAAAAAAAAAUGUAAUACAAUUUCACCUUUUUCCACGAGUCAUCUCCCAGAUUCAAAGCUA